AAAACAGUAAAGUUAUGUGUUGAAAAAAAAAUACAAAAAAGGUCGUGCGGGUGUGUGAGAAAAAAAAAUUGCGAAAGAAUCGGAGACGAAACACACGAAAAGAGGUAAAAAAAAAAAUCCAAUAGAUCAAUAGAAGAAAAGAAGAAGAUAAGUAAGAAAAAAAAGAGAAAAAGCAAAUUUGUGAAAAUAUCAAAUUUUUGUAAAGCAAUAACAUUUUUUUUUUAGCGAGAUGAAAAGGCGUGUGAUUUGCUAUUUGUAAAUAAAAAUAAAAUAUAUUUAUUAAAAAAAAAAUCAGUAACACAAAUGCACAAACGAGUAGAAUUUGAACUUGGAGAGUGAUUAUCGAAUAAUGUUAUAUAGAGUGUGCGUUGAGUGCGUGUGUGUAAGUGUAUGAGUGUUUUUAUUUUAGUUGCAAAAUAUUUGAAAAGAAAGAGGCCAAAAAUUUCGUCAUAGCCUUUAGCCAGGCCAGCACACAUUGGCUGUCAGUCAAUUAAACUAAAUGGCUGGCCAGACAGUCGGCCAAUACCGACACCGAAUGUGAGCUAAUGUUAAUUACGUGUGCCCGUAAGUGUGUGUGCCUUGUGUAAAAUUCUUCUUUUUUUUGUAAAUACUACGUGAAAUCGUACUGUUAGUCAUAUCGGUUUUGAGCCCAAAUGACUAAAUCGGUGAUAGUAACAUAAUAACAGAAAUAUACUCUAUUUAACUGUAGAAUUCUCUUGUAAUCUAUUGUCAUCGAAAUCAUAAAUAAAAAGAAAAAGAAGAAGAAGAACAACAACAACAACAACAAGAAUUUAUAAUCAACAAAUCAACCAACAACUAACGAAGUGGGACGAAAGAGUUACUAACACAUUGUUGGACAAGAGAAAUAAAUAGUACUUUAUCAUAAAUUUUCAUAUCAGUUAUCGUUCGGUUUUUCUUAAUUAGGUGGUCUAUUGAAUAAAGUUGCAAAAUAAUUAAAAUUAAAAAUCAAGAAAUAAUAAUAAAAUUAAUAAUUCUACCAAAAGUAAGGAUUAAAGUACAAACCACGGAUCAAUACCAAAGAUGGAGGCAAAAUUAUUGGCAAUUUCAUUCCUCUCGAUAUUUUUAGCGAUUUAUGCUCAAUCACUUGCAAAUAUUGUUGAGGAUUCGACAGAAUUUGAAUUUGAAACAGCGAUUUAUUAUGGCGAUUCGUCGGUUAAUUUGGGUGAGCCAUUUUCAAUUACCUGCAUUAUACCGGUAACGGAUCCAAUAAUUUGGCUUAAAGAUGAUGAGCCUAUAACGCGUCACAAUUUGCGACACGGUCGAGAUGAGCAUUCCUACAUUUUAUCCGAAAGUGCAAUAGAGGGUGAAAAGCACAAAAUUGAAGCCCACAUUUCGGUACGGCAUGCUCUUAAAGUGCACGAGGGCAGAUACCAAUGUAACGACCUGCACACCAGCUAUCAUAUGCUGUAUGUGAACAUACCCCCUCCGGAAGCACCAAAAUUGCAAACAAAAUCUCCAUUCGUUAUACAUGCGCCAGCGGGUAGUGGUGAUGCGAAUGUUGUUCGUCAUCUGUCCACUGAACCUAUUUACGAAACCGUACACGAUUUAACGCCUAGCAAUUCGGAUGAGAGUUUAGGUGAAAUAUUUACACGCACCUGGGAGCCGGUUGAUCCUGGAACACCGUCACAAAUUUUGCCACUGCCAACACAAGCAACAAUGACAACUGCAAUAUUAACACAACAGCAGCAGCAACAGCAUCACCGUACACAUCAUCACCAUCAUCAAUUACCUACAUCUCAGCAGUUAGAUCGUGAUGAUAAGCACAAGUUGAUAUACAUAAAUGCCACAAAUUUUGAUGGUAUCCCUAGACCGAUUGAUGAGAGGCGAUUUGAUAAAUCGUCCGGCUUAAUAAAUUUGCAAUUCAAUCCAGCUAUGGAUACCCGUUAUACGACCGAGCCUUGGAAAGGCUCAACAAUAUAUUAUGCUGCCACACCACCCAAUAUACCACCACCUCGUACAACAGCAUUAGUAAUAGCUAAUAUUGAACAUCCUCAGGGACAACAGUAUGCUGGUGGCAUCUAUCCUUACAAACCAAACGUCGUAGAUAGUAGACAUAAAAGUCACGAUAUCCACCAUACGACAGCGCUUGGCGAGGGGGCUAUUAAAAGUCAGUAUCCCAUUCAAACUGUACAAGCGCCACCGUACUAUCAGUAUCCAACGCAACAACAAUUGAAUACUAUGGUUACAUUUCCGGCUCGCACGCCGCCACCACAACCGGCACAGCAUCAGCCAACUAUGAGUAUCUACCAAAAUCCAUUUUUGCAAUACAAUCAAAUGCCUCCGGGCCAUAUGCAACCCAUUCAACCCAUUCAACCCAUUCAACCCAACUAUAUGACUUUGCCGCCUGGGGAGAGGGUUGUGGCCACUACAGCGCCCAUUUUUGCUUCGUCAACAUCGUACGGCUUAUUACCUACUUCACACACACCUCCACUAAUGAUAAGCAAUAACAUGAACAACAACAACAGCAACGUCAAUUUGUUACUAACCCAAACUAAAUCAAAGGAGCGUGAUUUUUUGGUGCCAAACUAUGAUAAUGCAGAACAUCAGUUAAAAGUUUAUGACAUUCGUAAUCCAUUAGUGCUAAGUUGUAAUAUAACCAAAGAAGGAUCUUAUGAACUUAAAUGGGAAAAGAAUAACACGGACGUGUCGAAAGUGAAAGAGCUUGAAGGCCGUUAUAGAAUUUUGGCGGCCGAGCGAAAGUUUAUCAUUGAUAAAACGGACCUACACGACGACGGCCCUUACAGUUGUGUAGCUGAUAAUCAAAAGAGAGAUUUUAAUGUCGUUGCUCAAGUUGUUGUACGAGUGCCUUCAAAUGUUGGCGUUGUUGAGGGUGAGAAAUUGUCAAUUGUUUGCACAGUGGUUGGUACUGAUCCAAAAUUGUCUUGGUCAUUUGGAAACAUGACCAUCUCCAAUAGCACAGAUCGUUAUAUAUUAAAACCCAAUGACGAUAAGAUAGAAAACGCCGUCUUAUCUAUGGAGAAUGUUAGUUUAAAUGAUAGAGGCGAAUUCAAAUGUAUUGCUCGAAAUGCUGCCACCGAAUACGCUAACUUCCAAGAAGCUAGUGAUGUAUCUUUUGUACGUGUUAAAGGCAAACUUGCCGCUCUGUGGCCUUUCCUGGGUAUCUGCGCCGAGGUUCUUAUCAUGUGCGCUAUCAUUUUGAUUUACGAAAAAAGACGUAACAAGACCGAAUUAGAAGAGAGUGAUACAGAUCCGCAGGAACAAUUUUCAAAGAUUAGUUAGAUUGCAUCGACCAAAGCCAACAACAACUCUCAAUAUUCAACUAAUCAACUCGUCUU